UACAGUUGAAUGAUACUUAUUGUGGGGUAUUUGCGAGCACCAGUUACAUGGUUGUUACUAGGUGCCGCAGGGUUAUUACGCACUGUUAAGGUGGAGUGGAUACGUUUUCGAGGCAGUCAAGACCGAGCCACCACUGUAUAUACACGCUCUGGAAUAUAAGCCAACAAACCUUACUGUGUUGUUCCUGCCCUAUCUAGAGGACUUUAUUACACUGGCGACGAGGAUUUUCCGAUCCCUAUUUUGCGAUGCCGCACUUUGGGCACCUGGGCGAGUUCUCCGAAGCCAACAGGGCGGCGUGGGGCGAGUAUUGUGAGCGGCUGGAGCAGUACUUUCUGGCUAACAAGAUCGAGGACGCCGACGUUCAGAGAGCUGUGUUCUUGUCUUCUGUCGGGGAGGCUACGUACGGCACUUUACGUUCUCUGUGUAGUCCUCGUAAGCCUAAGGACAUAGUGCUGCAAGAGUUGUUAGAGACGCUUCAGAACCACUACGACCCGAAGCCUUCUAGUAUUGUGGCGCGUUUCCGGUUCAACAGUUGUAGAAAAUCUGGGACGGAGUCAGUGAGGGAUUAUGUUGCAAGGCUUCGAAUGUUAUCUGGCAACUGUCAGUACGGUGCCAUGUUAAACGAAAUGAUUCGUGACCGUCUCGUGUGUGGUGUGGAUGAUGAAGCCAUUCAGAGCAGAUUACUGGCUGAGGCAGACUUGACUCUCGACAAGGCAGUGAAUCUUGCGGUGGCCUUGGAAACUGCUGCGUGUAAUACUCAUGAACUGAAGCAGUUUAGUGCGCCACUUCUGACUACUGAGCAGCCACCAGCGGUGAGCUGGGUGGGGCAAAGCGAAACGCCUCGACCGAGGAAUAGAGUGAAACAUUACAGUGACCGGCCGAAACAGUUCUCGAAGUGCUUCAGAUGCCUAAGUGACAGACACAGCAACGUAAAUUGUCCAUUUAAACUUCGGCGGUGCUUCGAAUGUAACAAAGUGGGUCAUACUAGAGCGGCACAUAAGGCCGGUACAGUGUCUGUUGUAGAGGGUUCUGGAACAACCGCGGUGGCCGAGCCUUCCCAUGACGCUGGAACUGAUGGUGAAACAGAUGAGGUGUACAGCUUGUUUAACGUCACUCAGGCUGGUGCUGGGUCGGAGUUUCACCCACCUCUACUAUUGGCCGUGAAGCUUCAGGGACGGGACACUCACAUGGAGGUUGACACUGGAGCUUCAUGUUCUGUUAUGGGCGAAACACUCUUCCGUGAACUUUGUGGCCAGCAUUUUCCUCUUGGAGUUUCGGAUCGUGUGUUUCGAACCUACACAGGAGAGAAGAUCAAGGUACUCGGAGUGGCUGAUGUGGACGUCGCUUGCCAGGGUAAGGUGACUAGGAAAUUACCGCUAGUUAUCGUUAGAGGCCAUGGAAAAGGCUUAAUUGGUCGAAAUUGGCUGAAGGAAACCAAGAUGAAUUGGACCGCCUUGUUGUGUGGUGAAACUCUACAAAUUACUGAGAAAGGCGAGGACUACAGUAAUGUGUUUAAUGAAGAACUUGGAUGCUUCAUUGGUGGGAAGGCCCAUUUAUUCAUCGACAAGGAUGUAAGGCCACGCUUCUUCAAGGCUCGUCCGAUACCGCUCUCACUCCAAGACAAAGUGGACAAGGAACUAACUCGGUUGGAAAACGAGGGUGUUAUAGAAUCUGUGAAGUUUAGUGAGUGGGCAGCCCCUCUUGUUGUUGUCCCUAAGCCCUCAGGGGACGUGCGAUUAUGUGGUGAUUUCAAACUGACCGUAAACAAGGCUGCUGCGUUGGAACAGUAUCCGCUUCCUCGAGUGGAAGAAUUAUUCGCUUCACUCUCGGGAUGUUGUGUCUUUAGUAAAUUAGACAUGAGCCAUGCUUACAACCAGAUAGAAUUAGACAAAGAAUCCCAGAAGUAUGUCGUUGUUAAUACUCCCAGAGGUCUGAAAAGGUAUAAAAGAUUAGCUUUUGGUAUCCAUUCUGCAGUAGCUAUCUUCCAAAAAAUAUUGUCAACCUUGCUUGCUGGAUUGCCUCAGGUAACAGUGUUCCUGGAUGACGUGGUGGUGGGAGGUAAAAAUCAAGAAGAGCACGAUACUUUACUGAAAGAGGUUCUUCGACGGAUGUGCCAUGCUGGUCUGCGCCUAAAUAAGAAGAAAUGCCAACUUCGACUGUCUCAAGUUACUUAUUUGGGACACAACAUAAGUGAGCGUGGUAUAGAACCAACUGAUGAGAAGACCAAGGCGAUAUUGGAUGCUCCGCCACCUGAGGAUAAGAAGUCCCUGAGGGCUUGGCUGGGCCUUUUAAACUAUUACAGUAAGUUUUUGGAUAAUAUUGCAACCAUUCUCUCACCUUUGUACCUUCUCCUUCGGGAUAGACAGCCUUGGGUCUGGGGUAAAGAGCAGGAGGAGGCUUUCUUAAAGGCAAAGGAAGUAAUACUGUCUCCUCCUUGUCUGGCACAUUUUAAUGUCAAAUUGGAUACUGUACUAGCCUGUGAUGCCAGCCCUUAUGGUGUUGGCUGUGUUCUUUCCCAGGUUGACGAGAAAGGACUAGAACGACCUGUUGCAUUUUAUUCCCGGACUCUACACGAAGCGGAACGGCGCUAUUCCCAGACAGACCGGGAAGGCCUGAGUAUUGUUACUGGAGUUAAGAAGUUCCAUUACUAUCUGUAUGGCCGACCAUUCACUAUUAAAACUGACCACAAGCCCUUGCUUGGACUUUUUGGUGAAGAGAAACUUAUUCCGUCGGUGGCCUCUCCUAGAGUGCUUCGUUGGGCUCUGUUGAUGGCUGCUUACAAAUACAAACUGUUGUACUCUCCCGCCAGAUUACAUAGCCAUUGUGAUGCACUGAGUCGUUUACCACUUGCAGCUAUGCCCCGAACGGUGCCAAUUCCUGCUGAGAUGCUGCACAUGAUGGAACUGAUGGCUUCGGGACCUGUUUCUCAAGUUCAGGUCCGGGAGUGGACUCAUCGAGAUCCUGUGCUGUCUUCUGUGCUGAGGUUUGUGCGUGACGGUUGGCCUCGGGAUCUUUCUGGCUAUCCACCUGACAUCGCUACCUACAAGAACAGGGAGUGUGAGUUAAGUGUGCAAGAUGGAUGUUUGUUUUGGGGAAGCAGGAUAGUAAUUCCUCCGCAGGGCAGAGAUGACGUCUUAAAGGAGCUACAUGAAGGACAUUUUGGAGCAUCGAAGAUGAAAAGCAGAGCCAGGGCUUAUUUUUGGUGGCCGGGGCUGGAUCAUGCCGUGGAGAGUAUGGUCGGGAACUGCAGAGUUUGCCAGGAGCAGAGACCAAAGGAUCCACCUAGUGACCUUCGGCCUUGGGGUUGGCCCCAACGUCCUUGGAGUCGCCUGCAUUUAGACUACUGUGGGCCUGUGGAAGGACAGUUGUGGCUGCUUUUAGUGGAUGCGCACAGUCUAGCCCUCACAGCGUGACCGGGGUAAGCCCGGCAGAAUUGAUGUUUGGUCGCCCAAUGACAACGCCGUUGGAUCAUCUGAGGAAGGACUACCGGAGAGAGAGGGUGGAGCGUUACCAGUGGAGACAAAAGGAACAAUACGAUCGGCACGCCUGCUCGAAG